AGCACUUUAUGGAAUGUAGCACGGAGCAUGCGUAAUCGUUCUUCCACGAACGAAAGUGAAGAACAUUCGCAUAAAUGGAUAUUCAAUUUCGCUCGGAAAAUUUGUCCAGAUUCCACACCUGUGCAAAAAAUCAUAAGAAGUGUGCCACCGAAUAGAUGCGAUCUAGAUUGCGGCUUUUCGAUGGUAGAAUUCUCACUUGCUCUCCUUUCUUGUAACAACACAGCUCCGGGAAUUGAUAAAAUAAAAUUCAACUUGUUGAAAAACCUUCCGGAUGCCGCCAAAUUUCGCUUGUUGAAUUUAUUUAAUCAAUUCUUGGAGCAUAACAUUGUUCCCGAAGAUUGGAGACAAGUGAGAGUUAUUGCUAUCCGAAAACCUGGGAAACCUGCGUCCGAUUUUAAUUCAUACCGUCCAAUAGCGAUGUUGUCUUGCAUUCGGAAAUUGAUGGAGAAAAUGAUUUUGUUUCGUUUGGAUAAAUGGGUAGAAACAAAUGGCCUCCUUUCAGAUACUCAAUUUGGAUUUCGAAGGGGCAAGGGAACAAACGAUUGUCUUGCUUUGCUGUCUUCAGAGAUACAAAUGGCGUACGCAAAACGUGAGCAAAUGGCUUCAGUGUUUCUAGACAUAAAGGGAGCUUUUGAUGCAGUCUCAAUAGAGGUGUUGUCAGACAAGUUGCACUCCCGAGGUCUGCCUCCUCUAUUGAACAACAUCUUAUACAGCUUGUUUUGUGAGAAACAUCUGAAUUUUGCUCACGGUGAUAUUGCAGUUAGAAGAUCCUCUUACAUGGGCCUCCCGCAGGGUUCAUGUUUGAGUCCCCUUUUGUACAACUUUUACGUAAGUGACAUCGACAGUUGUCUCUCUGAAGGCUGCACUCUAAGACAACUUGCAGAUGACGGCGUGGUAUCUGUAACAGGAUCUACUGAGUCUCAUCUGCACAGACCUUUACAAGAUACUUUAGACAGAUUGUCAACCUGGGCUUUGGGGCUUGGGAUUGAGUUUUCUCCACAGAAAACGGAGAUGGUUGUUUUCUCUAAGAAACGUAGACCUGCUCAGCCUAAGCUUCAACUCCUAGGCAGGACGAUCAUUCAAUCGAGGUGUUUUAAGUAUCUUGGGGUUUGGUUUGAUUCCAAGUGCACCUGGAGAGCCCAAAUUGAGUAUCUGAAAGGAAAAUGCCAACAAAGAAUCAAUUUUCUCCGAUCAAUCACUGGCACCUGGUGGGGAGCUCACCCAGAAGAUCUUUUAAAAUUGUAUCGAACAACUAUUCUCUCAGUGAUGGAAUAUGGUAGCUUCUGUUUCCAGUCGGCUGCCAAAACUCAUCUCAUAAAACUCCAGCGUAUCCAAUACCGUUGUCUUCGCAUAGCUUUGGGUUGUAUGCCCUCAACGCACAACAUGAGUCUUGAAGUUUUGGCAGGAAUACUCCCACUAAAAGAUCGAUUUAAUUUAUUAUCACUCCGAUUCCUCAUCAGGUGUGAGGUCUUGAACCCAUUGGUGAUUGUAAAUUUCGAAAGACUACUUGAGCAAAAUUUUCAAACCAGAUUUAUGUCUAUAUACCAUGUCUUCAUGUCCAUGCAGGUAAAUCCUUCUUCGUAUUCUCCAACUCGUGUUUACAUCCCAGACUACGACAACUCUUCUGUCCAGUUUGAUUUGUCUAUUCAGCAAGAAAUUCGUGGAAUACCGGACUCCCACCGCCCACUUCUGAUUCCCAGAAUUUUCGAUGCUAAAUAUAGACACGUCGACGCUGAUAAAAUGUACUUUACCGAUGGUUCACUUAUAGAGGAAUCAACAGGAUUUGGAGUGUUUAACGAAAUGUUCAGCGCAUCUUAUAAUCUCCAGUCACCAUGCUCUGUGUAUAUAGCAGAGUUAGCAGCAAUUUUUUGGGCUUUGGACACCAUCGCUUCACGGCCUGCGGGACACUACUAUAUCGUAACAGAUAGUCUCAGCUCUGUUGAAGCAAUCCGCUCAAUAAGACCGGGAAAGCACUCACCAUACUUCCUUGAGAAGAUACGGGAUAUUUUGAGUGCUUUAACAAGACGUCGCUUUUCCAUCACCUUUGUUUGGGUUCCCUCUCAUUGCUCGAUAGUGGGUAAUGAGAAGGCAGACUCUCUGGCAAAGGUGGGGGCGAAGGAAGGCGACACGUAUCAGCGUGAGAUUGUCUUCAACGAGUUUUUCUUUUUAGUUAGGAGAAAUUCUCUUGUCAACUGGCAGCGCAAAUGGGACGAGGAUGAAUUGGGUCGGUGGCUUCACUCGAUUAUCCCAAAGGUAAGCCUUAAACCCUGGUUUAAUAGAUUGAACUUGAGUCGGGAUUUUAUUUGUAUAUUUUCCCGUCUCAUGUCCAAUCAUUAUUCCUUAGACGCGGUACUCUAUCGUUUUGACAUUGCUGGCAGCAAUUUGUGUAGUUGCGGCCAAGGUUACCAUGACAUCGAGCAUAUUGUCUGGUCGUGUGAGGUCCAUCUUGUCGCCAGAACGAAUUUAUUAGACUUCCUUCGGGCCCGAGGAAAACCACCUAACGUUCCAGUGAGAGACGUGCUAGCUGUGCUAGACUUGGACUACAUGUUCGAAAUUUACCUUUUUCUAAAAGCUAUCGAUCUCCGUCUAUAAUUCUUUUUAUUUUCAUAUUUCCCUUUCUAUCAUCUUUUUCUUUGAACUCAAAGUGUUAAGCUAAGCAAACAAAUGUAAAAACAAAAACGAGUUUGGCUCCUUAAAACCUGAAGGUAUGAGCCGUUUCAAAUAAAGAAUUAUAAAAAAAAAAAGACACCUUCGCCACAGCAGUUUUCGACUUUGGCCACCGAUUGUCAUCAGCCGCAACAACCUCCCGGUUCGCAAAUCCAACAACAGCCGAAUACGAUACAGCAACAGCAAAUCAUAGCCGAAAGUGAACAGCAGGAAAUGGCUCUCCUGUGCAGUAACAAAAAGAUGCAACCACAAUUUAGGUAAAAUUGGCAACAUAAUUAACCGGAAGAGCGACACCACGGCAACAACGAUGCUGCUGCAGCAACAAAGUACAAACACCAAACCGAUUGUGUUUAGUCAGACAGGCAACCAGUUGAUGACGCCGCGAACACCCAACACGACCGGCGGUGCCCUGCAGGCCCAGAAUGUACGGCGAAGUUCCAGGCUUUUUAGCAACAACAACUAUUCAGUCAAGGAGAACACCAAGAGUCCUCAAUUGAAUAAUAUUCGUGGCACCUCGAUCUUCGCCACGUAAAUCGAAGCAAAGAAUUUCCAAGAAUCUAAACAGUAGUACGGCCAGCUUGCUGGAAAAUGUCCACAAACGAAAGUCUUCAACCGGAAGCGAUGGAAGGAGAAGAUCGAAAUCAUCACUUUCAGUGAAAAAGUUUUCUUCAACAACAUUAUCAACAGUGCCCAGAAAAUGGCACAGCACGUGCUGGUCAUGAAAAAACAGAGCGCCGAUGGCUUGAUGACACUGCGGGAACUCGGCCAGGGCUAUCUUCGGUUACAGAGCUACGAGUGCGAAAAGGCCAUCGAACACUUUAGUGACGUUUAAUCGCAUCACUACAACAGCAGUUGGGUUCAAAGUAUGAUCGCCCUGUCGCACCACGAGAUGCGAGAGUAUGAAGCAGUCGUUAACAUUUUCCGAGAGAUUCACGAUCGGGAACCGCACCAUUUGCAGUACAUGGAAAUCUAAAGUACCAAUCUGUGGCAACUGCAGAAAGAUGUGGUGCUAUCGGCCCUAGCUCAGAAUUUGAUGACCCAGGACAACACGUCACCAAUCACGUGGUGUGUGGCUGGAAAUUGCUAUUUCACCUACAAGGAACACGAAACAGCAUUCAAGUUCUUCUUCCGUGCAAUACAGGUUGAUGAAGACUUCACCUAUAGCUACACACUGCUAGGUCACGAGUUAGUCAUGACGGAGGAACUUAAGAAGGCCUCGACGAUGUAGCCAUGUUGUCUGCUUUUAGAAUGUGGUACGAAAAACGCGAACCUGGUAAAAAAGCAGAAUUUACAUUCUGCGAGUGGAAAGAUCUUCAGAUGUCGACACUGGAGUAAUUUCGGUAGCCAAACGGCAGCUAUUGGAUUUGAAGGCACAUACAAUUUCCUCGAAAAAUCCAUCAUCGGACAUUACUUCAACCAGGAUGGCGAAAACGAAUCAAACUUGGAUAUGGUCAUGGCCAUGGGAUUGCUCUGUGUAGGACUGUACCCGAACGUGGAAAAGACAUACCGUAAAAAGUCCUAACUCUGCGCAUUUUAGAUGAUUUUUUUUUAAUCAUAUGGAUAUUUAAGAGGCAUUUUAGUUUGAAAGUUCCGUUUGCCGAUAGUGUAUCCAUUUCAUUAUAUACUAUGUUAGUGAGAGAGGGAGCCGUAAUAAUCGCGGUGACUCAACUGUUAGUAUUCAAACUUGUUUUAGGAAAGUAAAGGGACUACUUAGGGUUCAAUUCCAAUAUCUGUUUUUCGUUAGGGUUUUAGAACAUCUGAAACAAUAUAUUCGUUAUUUUAUAAUACUGCUAAAUGCGGGUUGUGCAUCCUUCGUCGGAUAGCUAUGGUUCUCACGAUAGUCAGACCAAGGGACAAAUCGACGGCUGCGGGCCUCCAAUUCUAUUCACCUGGAAUAGUAAGAUUCUUAAACUUGUGUAAUAAUCAUUGGCUUACUUAAGAUUUAUUUCUCUCAUAGUUACUAUUGCGGUUGAGCACGUGAUUGUCCAAUUUUACUGUGCUCAUGGAAGGACAAAUUUUGAUCAGUAGAAAAACCGGGUAGUUAGAGCGAUCCGAAGGUCUUGGAACUAAUCAUAAUAUUUUCAAAAUGUCAUAUUAAAAAACUGGUUGUAUCAGCCAUUUUCAUAUUUUUAGAAUUCCUCUUAGAGAAAGAAAAAUUAAUAAGAUUCAGAGUUAUAAGUUGAAGGCUACGAUUGCAACGCUUUGAUAGCCGUCGGGAAAUUUAAACGAGGGAUUUGAAAAUUGAUUAUAUAAUUCAAUCUUUAGUUUUUAGCUUUAUACAAUUAAAUUUCAUUGGUCAAUUUAAAACUUUUGAGUUAUUAUUGGUCAUCAAUGUGUUCAAUUCUACCAUACAAUUUUGUGAAAACUUAUUGUACAGCCGUGCAUUACUGCGAUUUCAAACAAGUAGAAUCUAAAAAUCUUUACAGAGGUCACUCUAAACAAUAAUUAUUGGGAUAAUUGUUUCCAAGAAUAGAAAAAUUUAAAUAGAGCUAAAAAACCUUUAUCAUAAUAUUAUAAAAUGAGCGAUUUUAGUUCCGAGGUGAUUUAUCCUUGAUUACUUAAAUAACUAUUAGUAAACAUUUAAUUUAAUUAAAACUGAUCAUAAGACAGUGUGAAAUUAAACAGCGAAAAAAAGCACAACUACAAUGCAAAGUGAGUCUUCAACAAGGUUCUGAAGUCUUAUUAGAAAUUUCUAAGUAAAUAAAACCUUAACAUAAUACUUAGCAAUGUACGGGGUACUUCUUAAAAAGUGGAAUAAUCUCCAAAAGACAUUUUUAUUGAAUGGGGGAUGAGUUAGAUAAAAAAAAAAACAGAUUUAUCAUUUGAAGAUAAAAAUAUCUAUUCAAGCUUUCUAAAAAAUGGUGGGUAAAAAUAAUUUCUUCCGAGAUGGGCUUUCAUUCAUGGGAAAUCAUUUUAAAUUUCUAUUAAUGAAAACCUAAUAUCUAUACGUUUUCCAAUAUCAUGAAAACGAUAAACACAGUUUAUAAUCUCAUUAAAUAAUUUUAAAAGACUAAAAUUACAUGACAUAAAAUCGGACAAAUUUCUCAGAAUGAUGAAUAUAAAGCUUCUAUAAUUUAGAAAAGUCAAACGACUCAUUUUGAUUAAUUUUUUUUACAUGAACCCGAGCAAGGCCGGGUAAAAUCAGCUAGUGCUCAAUAAAGAAAACUUGAAUAAGUAAUUAUGUCCUCAAUGAAUUUCGGUACCAGUUCGGCGGGCGUAGGCUAUAGCAUUACCAAGAAUAGAAAUACAACCAAAUAUAUAACAUAUGGGUUAGAUUAGUCUUAUCAAAUCACUGGCAAAAAAUGCAAUGUUUUUCUGAAGCAAUGCAUCUCCGCCUUCGGAUUUUUGGCUGUCGUUCGAUCCAAGUGAUGCGGAUAACUCUGGUUUGAUCAGUUGGACGAGGUAUUUUUGUCGCAGGUUGACACUUACGCUGACCGCUGCUGUCUGCUCUACCUGGGCCAUCUGAUGUUGGCCGUCAGACGGUUCAUGCUGCAGCUUUACCUCUCUUUCUUUUGAAUAACGCUGUAGGAAGAUUGAAGAAGAGAACAGUUUUUAAGAGUUUAUACAGUAAAUUAUUUGAAUGGAACUCACAGCGUACAUCUCCAGCCAUGAUUCGCACUCUUCUUCCCUUCGUGUUUGGCUUCGGAAGAGUCGUUUGCAGUGCUGCUCCUAAAGGAUGUCAGUGUCCUCUAACAGGUACGGGUUCACUUCUUCCAGAUAUUCCAGCUGUUUGGCGGAGGCACGUUCCAGGACCGGUUUGAGCAUUUCGAACGGAAUUCCGCCGGUACAAUCCAGCAGCUCUAUGUUUCAGCUUCUAUGAGUCGAAUGCACAGGUCGUACAGGCUAGGCACGAUUCCAGUAAAGGUUUUGAUGCCGGAAAAAACUUUGGUGCGAAGAUUUUUGGACUACAUGCUGUGGCCGAGGGUUUCUCCUUCGGUCAGAAUCGACCGCUGAGCCUUGCAGUUGUUGGAAAAUACACAAUCCAUCACGACCUGGUUCAGCGGAAUCGGGCGAUAAUUGGGAGAAAUGGUUGGUAGCGAUUCUACCAACUCCGAAGCGUCCGGCAAUGGUUCCAGUUUAACUUUCUGCUUCAGUAGGGAGGGCGUUGAGGAGUAGGAACUGCUGCUGUAGCCACUGCUGUUGGAGGCAGUGCUCGGAAAUCGGGCUUCACGGCUUUUGCUCGAGGAGCUAGGAGAUUGUUUUUCCGUUUUGGCAUUACGGGGUAGAAAAACCAGAAAAACAGCCACUGUUGUUUGCCACUCUAAAACAAAAACAAAAGAUUUAAAUUCAAGUUGAUGGUGACGUCAUAUAAAACACCACCACCAAAGCACGACUGUUUCGGUCAUACUUUUCAUUGCUUUUCUUUGACACAAAACGUAAACAAUGUAAUAGGCUGUCAAAAUUUUGCCUUCCGUGCCCACUUCCUCACCGCGCCUACUUUGUGUCAAAGUUGUUCCACCCCUAGAUUUAAUA